CUCCAGCACCAGACUGGGGGUGAAGUCUUGUUCUGGAUCACACCAGAGCUCAGAGCUCCUCAGAGUCCCUGAACAUUUCUGGACUGGGAGUCAACAUGAUCACAUGUCUCAUGUUCACAGUGAUUUUUCUUCAUCCUGACCGUUGUGUGUCAGACAGUGGAGGUCCACCAGACUCCCUCUGAUCUCCUCAGCAGAGAUGGAGAUACUGUGCAGCUCGUCUGCACCCACGGCCAGACUGACUACAGAGUGAUGCUCUGGUACUUCCAGAAACCAGGGGACACAGCUCUCACACUCAUCGGGUACUUGAAUUAUGGGGCUCCAAACUUUGAAGGUUCAAAUAAAGAACAUUUUAGUUUCACUGGGGAUCUCAGCAGUGACAAGGCAAAGAACGCCUCUUUUGUUAUUAAGAACCUGAGUGUAAACAGUCACAGUGCAGUUUAUUACUGUGCUGCCAGCUAUGCACAGUGCUACAGAUCCCGUCUGUUUUCUACAAAAACCCUCAGAGUGAAACACCUGAAUUUGAGGUAUGAAUUAAAUCCAGCAACAUCAUAUCAGCACAUUCGGAUUACAUCACUUCCUGUUCCUGCUCAAACUCCAGGAAGUGAUGCUAAGUCCUCAGUUGGUCUUCAAGGCUCAGCACUGAUAGUCACCAUGAUCAGACUUCUCAUUAUCUUCUUUGUUCCUUUGUUCUGGAUUACAGGAGUGUCACUCAGUCAAGAGGUGAUCCAGACUCCCUCUACUCUCCUGGGGAAGCCAGAAGAUAAGAUCCAACUGAGCUGUAGACAUAACAUUCCUAAUUACGACACUAUACUCUGGUACCAGCGUUCAGUGGGAGACACUGCCCUGAAACUAAUAGCGUAUGUUUCAUACAAAAGUCCCAUUGUUGAGUCUCCACAUCAGGAUAUCUUCGAUGUGAGUGGAGAUGGUGAGAAAGAAGCCCACCUUCAUCUCCUCAAACUGAGGCAACCUGAAGAUGAUGGACAAUAUUUCUGUGCAGCUUAUAUGACACAGUGGUGGAGUUACAGCUCAACAAGUCCUCCAGCACCAGACUGGGGGUGAAGUCUUGUUCUGGAUCAACCAGAGCUCAGAGCUCCUCAGAGUCCCUGAACAUUUCUGGACUGGGAGUCAACAUGAUCACAUGUC